AUGACAACUCGCAGGCUAAGUAUGGUGCCAGGAGAAGCACUUCUUACCGAAGGCCCUGAAGGUCGACGGUCAGAGGCCUUGUGUACGGAAAACUAUCUUUUACGAUUUUUUGAUCCCGUCGAGCGGAGAUUUCGCAAUUUUUCUGCUUCACAGUUCACUGACGUGUGGAACCACUUUGACACAGACGUCACCUAUCAAACGAAAGCACGACUAAUAAGGCUGAUUGCAAAAUUUCGACCACAAAAGGUCACAACCGGGAAAAGACCUCAUUAA